UGGAGACGGAGAGGCUGCGGUGGCUCUCGCCAGCGAUUUGCUCUCUCGAUUAGGUCUUCUCUUCUGAAGAAAAGUCUCGCCUUCGAUUUGCUCUCUCGAUUAGGUCUUCUCUUCUUCGAUGAAGGAAUCUCAAGGAUACCAUAAUUGUUCAUCUGAUCUUCUCUUUUAUACUUGGAAUCUCUUGGGUCAUCUCUCUGUGAACUAUUUGCCGGAAACCAUGGUCGGCCCAAGGGUUUCGAAUGUAGUCACGGAGACAACUAGGUUUUGCAGAGAUGAAGACAGUGACUGCAAGGGCUCAUGCCGAGUCUUCUCUAUUGGCCUAUUUGAUUAGGUUGUGUCGUAAUACCUAGGUUCACAAUAUGUGUCUUCCUUCAACGAUCUUUUAGUUUUAAUUUUUGUGACCCGACACGAAAACAAACCCAAAGUCUAAACCCAAAACUCAAAACCCAACCAACGAGCCCCAAAAACCAGCACCAAAACCCAGCCCUAAAUUAUUAAUUUUAGUGACCCAGAUACAAAACCCCAUCGCAAAGAUAGACCCAAACUCUUAAUCCUAAAGUCAAAUGACAACAAAAAGGAAUGGACACGUAAGGUGGAAUGAUCAGUGGAAUAAAUGACAACAAAAAGGAAUGGACAUGUAAGGUUAGAGUUGUGGAGAAACGGAACAUCAAAGACUCAAGGACGAGCCCUAACAAGUACAGACCUUUUAUAUUGCAGGAUGAGGAGGUAAGCUUAUAAAGCUUAUAAAAUAAUCAAUCUUAGAGCGUACAUAUUACAUGCACUAAUUAUGUUCCAUUCAACCAUUUCUGUACAGGGUACCAAGGUUCUUGCUCUCGCAAAUAGUGGUGACAUUAAACAAAGUGAUAAGAUACUCCGCCUCAAAAACACGUACUACAUAAGCAAUGCUGCUGCCAUGCCUAACCAAGUAUAGUGGUGAUCCCCCAUCCGCAAACUAUAAUUACAUUUAGAUGUUGAGUUAAAAGACUUGAAUUGAGGCAGCCCCAAAAUCAGAACAAAUUCAGGCAACAAAUGAGACAGACACUAUCCUCACACAACUCUUUGACUUCUAUGACUUAUGCGGUUCCAAAACCCCAAUCAAUUUCAUGGCCAUUGUGAUUCUGAGAAUACCCAGAGAGUAUGUCUCUGUUCCUGGACAUGCCAAAACCACACAUGAUUUCAUGCUUGUGAAUGAAGAAAUGAAACCAGUUGUGUUGACUCUUUGGGAAGAUUUCACAAUGAAUCAAGGCCGGGAUAUAACAUCCCUUUUAGAGAGUGGGCGACACCCAAUAAUUUUGGGUAAAAGGGUGACCGUUACUCCCUUCAAUGGUAGGGCUGAACCUGCAACAAUUUGGAAAAUUAUUCUUCAGGUACGCGUCAACCUGCAAGACCUUGGAACAUCAUUCUUGAGGUAAUUUUAAUUCAAUCCAUUCAUUGAAACCAUAGAGGACAGUAUGAAAAUAACCGACACUUCCAAAUGUAUGAAACUAAAUAGUUACCAUUCAAAGGUACCACAUCUCAAAGAAAAAACUGGCAUAAUUUAAAGGCUACUGUUCCGACCCAUGAGUUUCAUUAUCUAUCAAUAUCCUCUCAGCCAAUAUGUGUCUCCCUUCAACAAUCUUUUAUUAAUUUCACUGACCCAUCAACCCAGAUAUUAAUUUAGUUGUAAUAGCAGGUAUCCUCCCAGGUAGAAUGAUAUUAGUUAUUUGGUUUGUUUAUUGGUGUGUUGUUUGCCACAAUUAGUAGAAGUAAAGAAGAAACAUUUUUUAAUUACAGAUACGCCUAAAUCCGCAAGAACUUGGAACAUCAUUCUUCCAAAAACCAGCCCAAAGCACCAGACCCAAAACCCGAAUAGUAAACCCAAAGUCCCAGACUCAAAAACAAUCCCAAACUCUAUAACCCAACCUAGAGUCUACCCAAAACCCAGGCCCAAAAACCUGUCCCAAACACAAACGCCAAAACCUAACCCAGAUUCUACAUAAGGGUAUGAACACACAGUCUUUGAACUCCAUUUAUGGGUUAAAAAAUCUAAAAUCAUAAAUCAUUUUUUGUUCUGAACUAUGUUUAACUUUCUCAAUUUCCAAUUUAUUUUAUCAUAUUAAGUUGUGGUGUAAUACCUAGGUUCACAAUAUGUGUCUUCCUAAAACGAUCUUUUAGUUUUAAUUUUUGUGACCCAACACGAAAACAAACCCAAAGUCUAAACCCAAAACUCAAAACCCAACCAACAGGCCCCAAAAACCAGCACCAAAUCCCAGCCCUAAAUUAUUAAUUUUAGUGACCCGACAACCCAGAUACAAAAUCCCAUCGCAAAGAUAGACCCAAACUCUUAAUCCUAAAGUCAAAUGACAACAAAAAGGAAUGGACAUGUAAGGUGGAAUGAUCAGUGGAAUAAAUGACAACAAAAAGGAAUGGACAUGUAAGGUUAGAGUUGUGGAGAAACGGAACAUCAAAGACUCAAGGACGAGCCCUAACAAGUACAGACCUUUUAUAUUGCAGGAUGAGGAGGUAAGCUUAUAAAGCUUAUAAAAUAAU